AUGGUUGGUCGUGGUGGGCGGUCAAAAGCGUGCUUCACCUGCCGCCGAAGACGCCUCAAGUGUGACGAGACCAAACCGGAAUGUGUCCGAUGCCAGAGAAGCGAGCUCGAAUGCACAGGCUACCCAAAGGGAUUAGAGUUCAUCGACGACAAUCCAGUGUAUCGUCCGCGAAAAAGAUCUCAGCCUCGAAAAGAUGCCCUAUUACACAUGGCAGGGCCAAAGCCUAGCCUGAGUAUUCUGGGAGAUGACCUGUACUUCGCGUUCAUGAACCAAGAGUUGCAGGAUGGUAAUGCCUUUCUCGACGACCGUUGGCCUGGCUUCGACGCCAUUCGUAUGCCCGACUGCCUUCCUCGGCGUUGCAUGAAGUCAUUCGCUGCGUCAUUUUUCGGCCGCAGAGUCAACGUCAAACAAGCACAGCGGGAAGGAAUGAACCUCUAUGUCAGAUCUCUUAGGGAACUCAACGAGCAUCUUUCUCGACCCGGGGCAUUUUCGGCUGGUCACACUGUCCUCUCAAUAGCAAUCCUCACGAUGUGCGAAUAUCUUACUGCAACCAGUGGGACUGGGUGGAUUCAGCAUAUGUUGGGCAUGGCCGAAUACUUCCGGCUUCAAGGCUUUGAGAUUUUCAAAGAGCCAUACACCAUGUGGACGUUUCAGACCGAUCGAUUUUCGAUGAUUCUCGCCGCCGUCGCGGCCCGUUCUCCAACAUGUCUCGCCUCAGAAGAGUGGAAGACCAUUCCCUGGAUACUUUCCCGAACGCCGAAGAAUCCGGUGGGGUACUUGAUUGACAUCGCUUCCGAGCUUCCUGCCUUAUAUCUGAAGUUUAUUCGAUACCUAAAAACAACAGACGCAGGCGCAAAGGCGGAACUGAACAUCAGUCUCGAGACGGAUUUUAUGGAUCUUCUCCAACGUAUGCGAGACUGGCACACCAAAUGGGAGCGUGAGGUCAAGCCUCAAGUUGAAGAGGUUCCUCUAUCAAAAGGAGAGCAGCAGAAAUUUGGCUUUGCAUCCAAAUUAGCCUUCGACAGUAUAGCCGACACAGGCUACACGUUCGUCUUGUACAAUACCACGGUAAUUAUCCUUUUGGAACUUUGGAAGACGCUUCGGAAGGCACAAAUGACACUAUCCACAAGUCUCAGUGGUGGCAUCGAGGAGGACAUCAGGCGGCUACCGGACCUUCCCACCGAUAAAUUGAAGGGCCACCUCAACGACGAACUCCCCAGGAUACCCAGUUCAUCUCUAGUAUAUCAAGCUCGAAGAGCAGCUCUUGACAUCUGUCGAACACUACCCCUUUAUCUGAUGCCAUCGGGUUCCUGGACCCAUGGCAUCCAGAUGAUCAUUCCCAUCCGCAUGGCACUCAUUGUGUUUCGUCAGGACGGUGGCGGCCCGCAAGUAUCCUGGCUGGAAGACUGUAUGCAGCAGAUUGGCAGGUCGCAGCGAGGGUGGGAGAUUGGAAGGUACGCCAUGCAGGGAUAUGGAUACUCAUGA